AUGGCCAAGCGGCGUGCGGCCGAGCCGCUGACGUUCCACGUGCCUUGGAAGCGGCUCCUGCUCUGCGACUUCGCGGAGGAGUCGCCGCCGCUGUGGAUCCCGCCGCAGAGGCCCUCGCUACCGGGGCAGCCCCUCGGUGUCCCCGAACUGCCCCGAAAGCGCAAAAUCGGCGCGGGGGCCAUGGCCGAACCCUCGGCUUCACCUAGCAAGCGCCGUGACAGCGGGGACGACAGCGCUCCUGGCAGCCUGGGAGACGAGGAGCGUGAGGGCCGCAGGCUAGAGACCGGAGAGCCGCGGGAGCAGCCCCUCAGACCGGGGGAGGAGCCCCGGGGCGUCAGGCUCCAGAGGGGCGGUGGCGACGAAGGGGCGGGGCGCUCAGAGACCGCACGGGGAGACUGGGGGGCCGCGCCGUGCCAGCAUAAUGAAGAAUUUUGGCAGUAUAAUACAUUUCAGUACUGGAGGAAUCCAUUACCACCUAUUGAUUUGGCAGACAUUGAAAUUGUUAAUGAAGAUAAGCUGACAGAAUUAACACUUCAGGGCAAGAAUGAAGUGGUUGAGAUUGACAUGGAGUCAUGA